UCCAUCCGGGUGACUUUAAAGCAAAAUUCCCUGCGUUCAUGAAGAGUAGUCUGGUUUAAUUCUGAGUGGAAAACGUCCACCUGCGAGCCCGUCCGAACCCCAAGGGGAGAAUCUCCGGGGAGGAAUAAAGGAGCGGCUGUUUGUGAGCUUCCACUGCCUGGACCGCCGACAAUGAGGUGGGUGAGAUGAACUCCAGUGGGAAUACUGUCGACCCCACCUGACAGCUCUCCGCCUCAGCACACAAGAGCGUUGUGGCCCCCGCAGACCAAACAACCCGCAAGGACGUCCGCCGUCCCUUUAAAUGUAGCCGAGAGCUGGGGUAAAUUGAAAUAAAUGCACUAGCAAACCUCCACGUCCUCCCAAAGCUAUUUGCAGCAUUCCGGUCGUGACGUUCCACCAAAACCUCAGCCUGGCCGGCACAAGCGUCCCAGCCAAGGGGGAGGAGGACUUCCUCACGCUGGCCGCCUCUCGGCUGAGUCGCAAGAAGCGCGUGAUCGGAGCUGGAGUCGGCGUGGCCAUGGUCCUGGUCCUGCUGGUGGCCAUCCCCCUAUUGGUCCACACCACCAAGGGGGGCGGGUCCGGGGGAGUGGGCACGCACUACGAGAUGCUCGGGAGCUGCAAGAUGGUGUGCGACACUUUCACCCCCCCUCAAGGGGAGCUGGCGGGCGCCUCCCCGCAGCCCCCGGACUUGACAAACCGCAGGGGAAAACCGGGUUACAGAGGAACCCCAGGACUCCCAGGUCCCCCGGGUCCUAAGGGCUCCCCCGGAGACCCGGGGAAGCCCGGUCCGCCUGGUCCGCCCGGGCCUGGACCCGGUGGCUACGGCCCGUCCUUGUACACACCCAAGAUCGCCUUCUACGCCGGCCUGCGGAAGCAGCAUGAAGGCAGCGAGGUCCUGAAGUUCGACGACGUGGUGACCAACGUGGGGAACUACUACGAGCCCAGUACGGGCAAGUUCACCUGCCCUCUGCCUGGCAUCUACUACUUCACCUACCACGUACUCAUGAGAGGAGGGGAUGGCACCAGCAUGUGGGCUGACCUCAAGAAGAACGGGCAGGUGAGGGCCAGUGCCAUCGCCCAAGACGCGGACCAGAAUUACGACUACGCCUCCAACAGUGUCAUCCUGCACCUGGACGUGGGGGACGAGGUGUGCGUGCAACUGGACGGGGGCAAAGUUCACGGCGGGAAUACCAACAAAUACAGCACCUUCUCUGGCUUCCUCAUCUACCCCGACUGACGUCUGCACUUUACCUCGGCCAUGAUUCCAUUAUGUCAGUGAAGACAAUUUCUAUAAAAUGAAAAAAAUGCUUAUAUUAUUACAUCCUGUAAUGUGCGGUGAGGUUCAGGGUUGGUGUGGCACUGACUCCUUUUUGUUUUUGUUGGUAUUAUUACAUCAAAUGGUUGUGCUGUAAUCAAUUUCAAGAUGAUGACAAAGUCAGGUACAGUAUGCCAGGUUACUGUACAUUUCUUUGCAAGAGUAAUGACAUCACGCUGUUUACAUUAGACCUGGGGUGUCCAAACUUUUCAACUGGGGGGCCACA